UGUGUUUCACAGAAACUAUUGGGAAAGAAACAGAAAAGUAAUGGUUUAAAGCCUCUAAAACAGCCUUCAGAACCAUGCCAGAAUAAUCCAGGGUUCUUUAUUUUGGGCCGAUUGUACACUCAUAAACUCAUUUUGUACUUGGAAAUCAAAGCAUGACAUUCCUUUAUACUUUCAACAUUAAUCAUUAACCACACAGAGCAUUAGCAGGUUCAUUUCAGUACACCCUGGCCAGACCAUUUUGAACUGGGUGGUGUAAAUCAAAUAAAGAUAAGGGUUUGACUCCACAUAACUCUCGGCCUCUUUCUAAAUGUAUCGGAUGAUGCAGUUACACAACUGCACUGUUCAACCCACCUUGGUUCAUCAUAUAAACUCGCAUCUCACAGCGCUGCAGUGCACACUGCUUCCACUUGUUUGCCACGACAGCAAGUAAACAGCUGACCACAUCCAGCGGGAACCAUGCAGUCUGCCGACGCCAAAUUCAAGAGAAACAGCCUGUUCCUGGCUCUGAGACGAUACAGCUCAGCCGUCAGUGAAAUGGAGCAGACCAUUCUUCUGCCAAGCCUGCUGAGAGACGUGCCCUCAGACGAGGUGUGGGACUGUGAAGCUGCAGAAGAGACCUGCAAAGACCUGUACAGCAACUACUUGAUGCUCAAAGCCAUACGGACCACAGUGGAGAGCGGCCUAAUUCCCCUGGACGAUCACAAGGCCAAAAACAACAUAGCACUGAACCAGACCCUGGAGCCUCUCUUGGACACAGAUCCCGAAGCCCUCUUCCACUUCCACGUGAGAGGACUGUUUUCUGUGAUGAGUGACCUCACCAAGAAGACGCAGACUCUCACUGAGAAAUACAUGGACAUUAUUGGAGUAGCAAAUUAGUCACAAAACCUAAGAUAGGUGGACAUCUGUUUUUAAGAGAGUCCUCUAAGACACCCAAGCAUUGCAAAUGUCUGAAAUGUUUACAUUCAGUGACCCCAGACAAACCUAAUGAAUAAGGAAUAAAUAUGCAUUGUCAAAAUAAA